AUGGAACCAGACAUUGUAGAAACAGCAAAAAACAAUUUCUCCACUGAUAGGUCAGUGUUCUUUUGCUCGCAAUAUGAGUUUUUUACUUGGGACUUAGAAAAUACUACCUUCCCUUGGAUCAUUGUGGGAAGCAUAAUACUUCUCUCUCCCAUUACAAUUCUUAUGAAUCUGUUAGUAAUCGUAACGGUUGCAAAACGGAGAGACCUGCAAAAGUUGUCCAAUAUUCUUCUCAGGAGCCUCGCCCUUGUAGAUCUUCUCGUUGGCGCUGUAUCGAUGCCGUUAUCUGCGACGGUGGACGUGUUAAUUCUCCGCCAGAUGCCUGUCGAAUAUAUUUGUGAUUUAGACUUGGCUAAUAUCACUGUUCUUUAUUUCCUUUCCAUAUUGUCUCUGUAUCAUUUGACCGUCAUUGCAUGGGAGAGAAACGUAGCGAUACGGAAAGGUCUUCAAUAUCAGGUACUCGUUUCAAAGAGCCUUCUCGUAAAACUCUCGAUAUUUGCUUGGCUGGUAGCCGUGUUUUCAGACCUUCCCGCUACUAUUCUGACAAUAACGGAAGAAGAUGUGGAGAUCAUCGACAUGUGGAUGACCAUCGAAUGUACUUUGAUGGUAAUUUGUGUGAUAAUCAUUGCCUGCUAUAACAUCUUGGUGUAUCUUGGAGUACGAAAGCGUAAGAAAAACCAGAUUGUACCACUCACUGCAAACCAGAAAAUGGAAUCGAAGACGGCCAAGAUAUGUGGACUGCUCACGCUUGCUAUCUUUUCAUCCUUCCUUCCAAAACUGUUGAUCUCCAUUUUUUCAGAAAUAUUCCCGGCCCCACUACAGUCGAACUCAGCUUUCCGUCUGACAGAGACGCUAGUGCAAUUGAAUUCCUUGCUGACUCCCUUAAUUUACUGGUAUCGAGACCGCCGUUUUAGGAAUGCUGUUCUAGAGAUACUACCACUCAGGAAACCUCAACCCAUCCACCCGCCCGUUGCUGCGAGAAUUGCCUGUCGAGGUAACCCAGUUGGAACGGUAGCUGAGCAGCAUGAUUGA